AUUUGAAUACAACACGGUAAUGUUGUGAUCGCUUGCUUGUAUAAUGGCUGCGAAUCACCCGACUCUGCUGUGUUUCACUGCUGUGCUUGUGUCGAUAUGGACCACAUGCUCCGCUCACUAUCACGAAUCCUACAUGCGAAACGCAGACGAUGAUUUUAGCAGCAGAACGAACUGGAUGAGUCAUAUUUCUGGUGACGUAAAACUGAGUGAAAUGGCAAUACCUGGAACACACCUGAGCGCCACCUACACGUGGAACACUGACGUCACGAUGACCCAAGUGCUGAGUUUCAAGCAGCAGCUGAACUACGGAGUGAGAUUUUUCGACAUCAGGGUAAAACACAAAGACAACACAUUUCAGUUACACAGUGGACACAUAUUCCUGAACUUAUACUUUAGUGAGCAUUUCUUAAACAGCGUCGACCUCUUCCUCAAGAGCAACCCUUCGGAGACGGUUCUGGUUCUGCUGAAGAAGGAAGAACCCUCUGAAGACAGCUCACCCGCGAGAACGACGAGGGGCACUUUAGAAGAAAUCUUACACCGGUACUCCGACACUUAUCUAGAGACAAACCACAGGGGCAUUACUCUAAAGAGGGCGAGAGGCAAAUUUAUAAUUUUUUCAGGAUUUCACCAAUUUGACUCAUUUGGAUUAAAAUACGACGAUUGUGACAUACAAGAUAAUAGUCAUUUAAGUACUAACUGGGAUUUGUACAACAAGUGGGAGAGUGUGAAAAACCAAUUGGAAAAUGCCAGGAACGGAGAUCCCGACACAUUUUACAUAAAUUAUCUCUCAGGCUCUGGGGGUUCUUUCCCGUACUUUGUAGCCAGUGGCCACUCUUCCCCAGGGACAUCUGCUCCCCGGUUGGCCACAGGUUUGACCACUCCAGGGUGGUCCGACUCCUACCCGGAUUUCCCCAGAGUUUCUUGUUUUAUCGGGAUUUGCACGAUUGCAUUUGAGGGUACAAAUACACUGACUUAUGAUAAAAUCCGUGAAUAUAACGAAUACCCUAGGGGUAGCCGAAGGACUGUCGGAAUCAUUGUUGCCGAUUUCCCUGGCGAUUUACUGAUAUCUACUAUUAUAAGAAACAAUGACGCUAUACAAGAACGAUUAAUAAACUACACAAAUUAAUAGAUCACCAUAUCUUGUCAGUUUAGUAAUUUUGCUUAUAAUAAUGAUAUUACAGUAAGAUACACUAAAGUGUCUUUAAUUACAUCGUUGGAACAACAUACACCCAAACAUAUACAUAAAAAAGAGCUUAAUUUGGUUAGUUGUUAAAAUAUAACUAACUACUGAACCAUAAUUUAAAGGCUUAUUAGAGAAACUGCCACUGGCAGCACAACACACACAUAAUGUUAACUGACACACCAAGUUAUGUAAGUUAUUAAAUCUUUAUUUAUUUUUCAUGUAUUAAAAUGUUUGAUGUUUAAAUGUAACAACAGCAUUUUAUAUAAUAAAGAUAACAUGUUUGCA